AUGCUACUCAUUCAUUCCACUGCAUCCAUUCCCUCUGUUCCUUUCAUCCUCGUUACAGACAGUGCGAGUAGCAGCAGUGCAGCCACAUCAGACGCGAUUGAAUCACUCCGCAUGCAGGUGCUAGCCAUGUGUAACGCGCCUCCCUCUGAAUACGCCUGCGUCUUCACCAGUGGUGCCACGUCAGCACUCAAAACGGUCGGCGAGGCGUUCAGAUGGGCGGCAGGCAGCGAGCUGGCGAUGACGCUGGACAACCACAACUCGGUUCUAGGCAUCAGAGAGUAUGCACUUAGAGCUGGUGCUACUGUGUCUGUGGUUGAUAUCCGCUAUGAGAAUGAGUAUAUGGGGGAUGAUGAGGACGAAGAGGAGGAAGAGGAGGAGGAGGAAGAAGGGGGUGAUGAGGAUGAGAAACAGGAGGAGGAAGAAGAAGAAGCAGAGGAGGGUGAAGAAGAAGAAGCAGAGGAGGAGGAGGUGGAAGAAACAGAGGAAGAGGAGGAGGAGGAGGAGGAGGAGGAGGAGGAGGAGGAGGAGGAGGAGGAGGAGGAGGAGGAGGAGGAGGAGGAGGAGGAGGAGGAGGAGGAGGAGGAGGAGGAGGAGGAGGAGGAAGAGGAUGAAGAUGAGGAGGAAGAGGAUGAAGAGGAUAGGAGGGUGUGGUAUGAUGAUGAGGAGGAGGAGGAGGAGGAGGAGGAGGAGGAGGAGAAGGAGGAGGAGGAGGAGGAGGAGGAGGAGGAGGCGGAGGAGGAGGAGGAGGAGGAGGAGGAGGAGGAGGAGGAGGAGGAGGAGGAGGAGGAGGAGGAGGAGGAGGAAGAAGAAGAAGAAGAAGAUGAAGAGGAGGAGAAGGUGGGAGUGAGGGUGGGAGUGAGGGUGGGAGUGAGGGUGGGAGUGAGGGUGGGAGGUAAGAAGAAAGUUCGGGUAGCCUUACCCGCGAACAGCAGGAAUAAGCGCAAGGGAGCAUCAGAGGAGGCAGAGGAAGAGGAGGAGGAAGAAGAGGAGGAAGAGGAAGAAGAAGUGGAAGAAGAGGAGGAUGAGGAUGAGGAAGAGGAGGAGGAGGGAAAGGUGGAUAAGGAGGCUCGGCCAGGUGUAGCCGCUCCAGGUGUGGUGGUUGGGGAUGGUGAGGAGGCUGGGGCAGGUGAGGCUCAUACUGGUGGGGCUGCUACAGGUGUGGCGGCUGGGGAUGGUGAGGCUAGGGCAGCUGGGAUUGAGGGAGGUGGGGCUGGGGCGGGUGGGAGUGGGGCAGGUGAGACUGGGGAAGGUGGGACUGGGGAAGGUGGGACUGGGGAAGGUGGGACUGGGGAAGGGGGUCGCGGCACCCCUAGUGCUGAUGAUAAUCGAGGACAGGCCAAUAGCAGUGGCACGACUGGUCCCGAUGGGGGUGGUGGGAAGGCCCGGGAUUCCAAUGCUGUUGGCACGGACAGCAGUGGCAGGGAGAUUGGCAGGGGGAUUGGCAGGGGGAUUGGCAGGGGGAUUGGCAGCAAUGAAGCUGAUAUGGGUGCUGGUGGUGAUGACCCUCGUGAAAACGCUCCCGCUUCUCCACGGCGCUGGUUCGUGCUUCUUGACGCCGCCAAAGCUGCUGCCUCGGACCCUCCGGACCUCUCUCAGUGCCCUGCUGACUUCGUUGCACUCUCGUUUUACAAGAUCUUUGGAUUCCCUACAGGCCUUGGAGCCCUUAUCAUCCGGCGAGAUGCUGCUUUCAUUCUUCGCAAGCCCUACUUCAGUGGAGGCACCGUGGCAGCAGUUUUUGCAGACUCCGAUUUUGUCUCUCUGCGCCCAUCCAUAGAAGCACAGUGGGAGGACGGCACCCUCCCCUUCCUCCAGCUAGCAGCAGAGCUCCCGCCAGGCCUCGCCCUGGUCUCCCGCCUCUCCUUCUCUGCCAUCCAACGCUCGCAGCGGAGCUCCCGCCAGGCCUCGCCCUGGUCUCCUGCCUCUCCUUCUCUGCCAUCCAACGUGGAGGGCGGCACGCUCCCCUUCCUCCAGCGUGCAGCAGAGCUCCCUCCUGGCAUUGCCUUGGUCUAUCAUCUUUCCUUCUCCGCCAUCCAACAGUCUUCGUCUGAAAACCAAAACUUGGUCACUUCUCUCCCCUCCAUCCCUUUCUUCCUUGUCUCCUCUCUUGCCCUCCUCACCACCUCGCACCUCCUCUACCUCUGCCACUGCAACGCCCAGCCCGUCCGCACCGUGCUCAGUGCGCUGCUGCUGCGACUUGAGAAGAGUAAAGAGAUGGAUGGGCAGAGAAGGGGGGAGGAAGGAGAGGCGACGCGAAAGCAGCAGGGGGGAGUGGUGGCGUUUAAUCUGAAGCGCAGCGAUGGGUCGUGGGUGGGGCACAAGGAAGUUGAAAAGCUAGCAGCUAUCCACAGCUUUCAUCUCCGGACCGGCUGCUUCUGCAACCCUGGCGCCUGUGCCAAGCACUUGCGCCUCUCCCACGCCCACCUCCGCCAAAACUACGAGGCGGGGCAUGUGUGUUGGGAUGACAACGACGUGAUUGCCGGGCGGCCAACUGGCGCCGUGCGAAUCUCCUUUGGACACCUGUCAACCAUUGAUGAUGUGGAGGCCUUCCUCGCCUUCAUCCAAACAUGCUUUGUGGAGCUGCCACGUCUGCUGCAUGACCGCGAGUGGCUCAUUAUCAACCCCUUGGGAACUCCAUUGAGGCCCAACCGGGUCCCCUCCCUCUACCGCCUCCGACCCUCCAUCGACCUCGCUUCACGCCUCCUCUCCAUCCACCUCAGUCCCAAAGACUCUCCGCCUGCCCAGGCUCCCCUCCAAUUGCCCAUUGACACGUGGCCUGAUGCCAGGCUGGACGGGGUGCGAGUGUGCGGUGACAGCGUCCAUGUGACAGUGUACCCUGCUGACGUGGCAGCCUGGCUCUCCGCCGCCCUCGGCACGCCAUGUCAGCUCGUGAGGCUCCUGCCGCACGCCCGCCAGCAGAAGAAGCUGCCAAGAAGCAUCCUCGGCAAUCAGGACAACACCAGAAACAAUCAGAUCACUGAAAAUCGCUCCAGCAACGAUGAUUCUUCCCAAUCUGCAUCCCCCUCUUUCUCCCUCAAAGCCAAACCCUCCUCCUCCACCACCUCCUCCUCCUCAUCUCUCUCCUCUUCGUCCUCGUCUCCCUCACUCUCUCUAGCCAAUGAAGCUCAGUUACUAGUGGUCUCAUCAGCCAGUCUGGCAGAUCUGCAGAAGAGAGUGGAGCAUGGAACAGUGGAAGGGGUGGUGGAAGGAGGAGAAGGGAGGAAAACGGAAGGGAGAACAGGAGUGGAUGAGGCCUUUCAAACUGAGCAAACUGAGCAAUUCAAAAUGGGCUCAAACAAGAGUGGUUCCUCCUCGUCUCUAGGGUCUUAUUCUGCCCCGCUUCCCUGCUGCCCGGCCGAUUGGAGCCCGAGGCUCAGUAACCCUGCCGAACCUAAUGGUCUGGGCUCAGGCUCGGGAAUGGAUCGAGGUGAUCCGGCACAAGCAGUAGCAGCAGCUGCCACGUCAGCAGGGCUCCUUCAUGCUGCUGACGUGGACAGAGAUGUGGAGGCAGAUGCCUCAUGGGCAUUGCGGUUUCGGCCCAACGUCGUGGUUGGUGGUGCUGACGUGGCGCCGUACGAUGAGGACAGGUGGAAGCAGCUGGUUGGUCAAGACGUCUCCUUUGCGUCCCUUGCUCCCUGCAGCAGGAACAGCAAGAAGCUUCAAGGAAGGAAGCUUCGCGUCGCCGUUAUUGGAGGCGGUCCGGCGGGAGGGUGCGCGGCGGAGACGCUGGCGGAGAACGGCAUCGAGACGUUCCUCAUCGAGCGCAAGCUCGACAACGCUAAGCCGUGCGGUGGCGCCAUCCCCCUCUGCAUGGUCGACGAGUUCCAGUUGCCUCAGGAGAUCAUCGACAGGCGCGUGACCAAGAUGAAGAUGAUUUCGCCUUCCAACGUGGAGGUGGACGUUGGUCGCACGCUCGGCAAGGAGGAGUACAUCGGCAUGGUGCGCCGCGAGGUGCUCGACGCCUUCCUGCGCAACCGCGCCCAGUCGUACGGCGCGACGGUGAUCAACGGGCUGUAUCUGAGGAUGGACGUGCCCAAGGACGACGACAGCCCCUACGUCAUCCACUACUCCGACUACGCCGGUGACUCCAAGGUCGGCGUGCCCAAGACUCUGGAGGUUGACGCCGUGAUUGGCGCUGACGGCGCCAACAGCAGGGUGGCUAAGGACAUUGACGCGGGUGACUACGACUACGCCAUUGCGUUCCAGGAGCGCAUUCGCCUGCCGGAGGACAAGAUGGCAUACUAUGAGGACCUCGCGGAGAUGUAUGUCGGCGAUGACGUGUCGCCCGACUUCUACGGCUGGGUGUUCCCCAAGUGCGACCACGUGGCUGUGGGCACCGGCACCGUCAUCAACAAGCCCGCCAUCAAGCAGUACCAGACCGCCACCAGGAACCGCGCCAAGGACAAAAUUGAGGGUGGCAAGAUCAUCUGUGUGGAGGCUCACCCCAUCCCCGAGCACCCGCGCCCCGUUUGGUUGUCAUUCGCAGCUCCUCAUAUCCCGACGCCCAAAAUCGAGGGCGGCAAGAUCAUCCGUGUGGAGGCGCACCCCAUCCCCGACUCGAGCACACCCGCCCCCGCCAGUCAACCUUUGAGGCAUCUCACAACCUCGUUCUGUGCUCUCUCCACCUCUUGUCCCUGUCUUUUCUCCUCAGGAACCGCGCCAAGGACGCCCAAAAUCGAGGGCGGCAAGAUCAUCCGUGUGGAGGCUCACCCCAUCCCCGAGCACCCGCGCCCCCGCCGGACGUCCAACCGUGUGGCUCUGGUUGGCGAUGCUGCCGGCUACGUCACCAAGUGCUCAGGCGAGGGCAUCUACUUUGCGGCCAAGUCGGGCCGCAUGGCAGCGGAGGCGAUCGCAGAGGGGUCUGAGAACGGCACGCGCAUGAUCAAUGAGUCUGACCUGCGUGUGUACCUGGACAAGUGGGACAAGAAGUACUGGGCCACCUACAAGGUGCUGGACAUUCUCCAGAAGGUGUUUUACCGCUCCAACCCCGCUCGUGAGGCGUUUGUGGAAAUGUGCGCGGACGACUACGUGCAGAAGAUGACAUUCGACAGCUACCUCUACAAGACAGUUGUGCCCGGCAACCCCCUUGAUGACCUCAAGCUGGCUGUCAACACCAUCGGCAGCCUGAUUCGCGCGAACGCGCUCCGCAAGUCCGCUGCGUCAAAUGGGGUUCCUUAUGCGUACUAUCUGCUCCCGUUGUUCACAUCGUUUACGCGAACAGAGAUCAGAAACAGAUACGGCGUUCAGAGUGAGGCGAAAUACUGCUGCAGAGAUCCGGAUCCAGUCUGCGAGAGGGUGUGUGAUUGCUGCAUCCACACCUGGAUGGCUGCUGUUGCAGCGAACAGCAAUCUUCCGAGAAGAAUAAUCAAGGAAACUCAACGGCUGUUGAGCGAGCCUGCUCCGGGUAUCAGUGCAUCACCUUCGGAAGAAAACCUUCGUUAUUUCAAUGUGAUGAUAUUGGGGCCCUCUCAGUCUCCUUAUGAGGGUGGAAUCUUCAAGCUCGAGUUGUUUCUACCCGAAGAGUAUCCUAUGGCUCCUCCGAAGGUUCGUUUUCUCACAAGAAUCUACCAUCCAAAUAUCGAUAAGCUUGGCCGCAUCUGCUUGGAUAUUUUGAAGGACAAGUGGAGUCCAGCUCUUCAGAUUCGAACAGUUCUUUUGAGUAUCCAAGCUCUGCUGAGUGCCCCAAACCCUGAUGAUCCGCUGGCUGACAAUGUUGCCAAGCACUGGAAGUCGAACGAAGCAGAGGCAGUUGCAACAGCUAAAGAAUGGACACAAUUGUAUGCUACUGGGGCCUGA